CUUCAGUGCUCGUCUGUGCUGCAGCCCUCACCAGACUCCUCCAGCAUGGCCUCCUACAGCUCCUCCGCCCAGACCGCCUCCUCCUACCGCCGGACCUUCGGCCACGGCGCCUACGCCUCGCCCUCCCUCAACCGCUCCCUGCUGGGGCACGGCGGCGGCGGUAGCGGCGGUCAUGUGACCUCCAGGGUCUACGAGGUGACCCGGAGCAGCUCCGCCCCGGCCUACAGGGUCUCCUCCAGCUACUACGGCCGGCCCCUGGCCACCUCCAGGGCCUCCGUCGGGCGCUGCUACGCCGGCAUGGGCGAGACGCUGGACUUCAGCCUGGCGGACGCCCUCAACCAGGAGUUCCUGACCACGAGGACCAACGAGAAGGCCGAGCUGCAGCACCUGAACGACCGCUUCGCCAGCUACAUCGAGAAGGUGCGCUUCCUGGAGCAGCAGAACCAGGCGCUGGUGGUGGAGGUGGAGCGUCUGAGGGGCCGCGAGCCGACGCGCAUCGCCGACCUGUACGAGGAGGAGAUGAGCGAGCUGAGGAGGCAGGUGGAGAUCCUGACCAAUCAGAGGUCGCGGAUAGAGGUGGAGCGAGACAACCUGGUGGACGACCUGGACAAGAUCAAACUCAGACUGCAGGAGGAGAUUCUAGAAAAGGAGGAAGCAGAGAACAACCUGGCUGCUUUCAGAGCGGACGUUGACGCUGCCACUUUGGCCCGUCUGGACCUGGAGAGACGCAUUGAGACGCUGCAGGAGGAGAUCGCCUUCCUGAAGAAGAUCCACGAGGAGGAGAUCCGUGAGCUGCAGACCCAGAUGCAGGAAACCCAGGUCCAGAUCCAGAUGGACAUGUCCAAGCCGGACCUGACGGCGGCGCUGAGAGACAUCCGAGCUCAGUACGAAGGCAUCGCCGCCAAGAACAUCGCCGAGGCUGAGGAGUGGUACAAGUCCAAGGUGUCCGACCUGAACCAGGCGGUGAGUAAGAACAACGAAGCUCUGAAACAGGCCCGACAGGAGACCAUGGAGUUCCGGCACCAGAUCCAGGCCUACACCUGCGAGAUCGACUCACUCAAAGGCACCAACGAGUCCCUGAUGAGGCAGAUGCGGGACAUGGAGGACCGCCACGGACGCGAGGCCGGCGGCUUCCAGGACACCAUCGCCCGGCUGGAGGCCGAGAUCGCCAACAUGAAGGACGAGAUGGCGCGUCACCUCCGCGAGUACCAGGACCUGCUCAACGUCAAGAUGGCGCUGGAUGUGGAGAUCGCCACCUACAGGAAGCUGCUGGAAGGGGAGGAGAGCAGGAUUACCUUACCUGUGCAGAGCUACUCCACCUUAAGCUUCCGAGAGACGAGUCCUGAACACCAGCAGCGCUCCUCUGAGAUGCAUUCCAAGAAAACCGUCCUCAUCAAGACCAUCGAGACCCGCGAUGGAGAGGUCGUCAGCGAGUCGACGCAGCAUCAGCAGGACAUCAUGUAGCCGACCAGAAGAACAAACGCAAUCAGAAAAAAAGAGCGCAAAUAAUAAAACUAAGCAGAAAGAUUUUCCAAACUUCCUGUUCGUGUUUGAAUGUAUGUGAACUGAAAGCAGGUUGGUGGUGAAUUUAGCAUCAUCUGGGUUUAUUUAUCUCUGCUUUACUGCCAUUUUUAAGCUGAAUACAUGCAUCUACCUGCUAAAUAUCCUGUUAAUUCUGCAAAGACAUCAGAAGAAAGUAUGAAAAUGAUGAAUUUAGAGGAAAUUAGCAGCCUGAAACACAAAUGUAUUGUGUUUAAAAUUGGCCUAAAAUGUUAUUUUCUGCUGCAAAAUAUGAGUCCCAACAGCAGUGAACAGGUUUUUCAGAGAAGAUAGAAAUGUUUAUGGUCAUAAUUUAAAGAAAAAGCUUCUAACGUUAAAGAUUCUAAAGUCUUCAGCAAUUCUUCUUAUUUUUCUCAUGCUGCUUUAAAAGUGAGCCAUCACCCAAAUUACCAGCUAGGCUAACCAUCUGGCUAGCUUUAUAACAAAAAUGUCCAUUUCUGUUUAAAAUAUAAGUUAGAACAAUCAGCUAGGCUAACUAGCUGGCUAGCUUUUUAACAAAAAUGUUCAUUUCCAUUUAAAAUAUAAGUUCCAACAAUCAGCUAGGCUAACUAGCUGGCUAGCUUUUUAACAAAAAUGUCCAUUUCUGUUUAAAAUAUAAGUUAGAACAAUCAGCUAGGCUAACUAGCUGGCUAGCUUUUUAACAAAAAUGUUCAUUUCCAUUUAAAAUAUAAGUUCCAACAAUCAGCUAGGCUAACUAGCUGGCUAGCUUUUUAACAAAAAUGUUCAUUUCCAUUUAAAAUAUAAGUUCCAACAAUCAGCUAGGCUAACUAGCUGGCUAGCUUUUUAACAAAAAUGUUCAUUUCCAUUUAAAAUAUAAGUUCCAACAAUUAGCUAGGCUAACUAGCUGGCUAGCUUUUUAACAAAAAUGUCCUGUUAACUCUGAAAAGACAUUAGAAGGAAGAAUGAAUAGAUUGAUAUUUGAAACAGUCGCACAUUAAAUCUCUAAAUUACAGACAAAAAAUGAAGCUUUUCACCGUGUAUCACCAACAACUCACAACAAAACAAGCUGAAUAUUUUGUGCAUCAAAAAGAAUAAAAGCCCUUCAAACAUCCUUCUAAAUAAGAUAUUCUGCUGCUGCUUAGAGUUCCGGCUCUGCAAUUUACAUUAAAGGUCACAGAGAAUUUACUUUAGCAUCUCAUUUCCUGAUUGAUUUUCACCACUCAGACUGUGUACAUCAACUGGGAUCUGCAAUGAAAAUGCAGCAGCAUGGAUUCUUCUGUUUUUCUUGCACACACUGCAGCUUUUGCUGUGUUUCUCAAAGUCGGAGUCGCUGCUUUUUCCCCCCAGUCAGGAGUGUUGUGAGGAUGACAGGAAGAAAAUGAUCACAAAUAGAUGCAAAACAGCCAUUAAAAGGUCAGAAAAGGACUAUAAAGAGGCAAAAAAAAGUAUUAAGAGGAAAAAAACAACCAUUAAGAGGCAAAAAGCAACCAUAAAGAGUAAAAAAAUAAAUAAAAAAAUAAUAAAGGGGCAAAAAAAACAUAAAAAGGUAAAAAAAAAACCAUAAAGAGGCAAAAAAACAAACAUAAAAAAGCAAAAAACAACCAUAAGGAGUCAAAAAACAACCAUAAACAAGCAAAAAACAAUCGUAAAAAGAUAAAAACAAUCAAACGGCACAAAAACAACAAUUAAAAGGUAAAAACAAUCAUAAAGGGCAAAAAAACAACUAUAAAGGGGCAAAAACAGCCAUAAAGAGGUGAAAACAACCAUUAAGAGGCAAAAACAACUAUAAAGGGGCAAAAAACAACGAUAAAGGGGCAAAAAACAAUCAUAAAGCGGUGAAAAACAACCAUAAAGAGGCAAAAACAACCAUAAACAGGUGAAAAAUGACCCCAAGACAUGAAAAACUACAUAAAACAGGAAGAAAAUCACCACAAACAGAUGCAAAACAAGCCAAAGAAGAUGCAAAAUUACUCAAAAGAUGCAAAACAACCAUGAAGAGGUGAAGAUUGACCCUAUUUUUCAAAGCAGUUUUUGUGCUGCUCCAGAAUCUGAGAGGAAUUACUCACAUUUUCAUUUUUUAGGGACUUUCUUUGCACUCUCAUUUAAAGAUCUCACAAACUUAUUCGACUUUAAAGACAAAUAAUCUAGUUUCAAGCAUCUUUUAACUUGAUUUUCUCACAAUUCGGGGCUUCAGAUGAACAGAUUUUGCAGCAGCAGCGUGGAUUCUUCUGGUUUUGUCGUGUGUCUGAAGGUCGGAGGAUGACGUGAAGUAGAGAUAAAGGAGGAGGAGAUUAGAUGGUGUCUGGAGAUGAAACGAAGAUGUGUGGAAAUACGAGGAAGGUUGGCAGGAAAGAUAAUCCGCUGUGACUUUCACAUAUUAUUGGCUAAUAAAGUGGAUUUCAUGCUGA